AUGGGCAUGCUGCUCUCCUACUAUCGACAUUCGCGUGCUAUGGCUUGCGCCACAGGUCCGCUGGCGAUGGAAUGCCGUGUGCCUUACAAGGGGAAAGCUUGUAACACAACGUGGAGUGCGGCCAAAGCGCUGGUAGUGGCAGAUGUGGGUAGCUACAGAGCAACCACCCGGUUCCAAUCCGAGCGUCGUGUCACUAGAUCUGUUACUGUCAACUUGGCGGAUGAUAGGGUAAUACGCUGGUUGGCAUCGCUCUGA